CCAGAUUAUCUAGAUAACUAUUCUUUACGUAUGCUUAAACGGCAUUUCGCGGCCUUGGUAUACAAAUAACUAUUAAUUUCUUUCAGGAUUACACGAUAACACUUUACUUAAAUCAAUACUGGAAGGAUGAAAGAUUGGCUUUCAGUACUGGAGAGGAAGUUCUGACAUUGUCUGGAGAUUUUGCUGAGAAAAUUUGGGUUCCGGACACAUUUUUUGCUAACGACAAAAACAGUUUUCUUCAUGACGUAACUGAAAGAAACAAAUUGGUACGUCUAAAAGGCGACGGAUCGAUUACAUAUGGAAUGCGAUUUACCACAACGCUGGCCUGCAUGAUGGAUCUUCAUUAUUAUCCGUUGGAUUCGCAAAAUUGUACGGUAGAAAUCGAGAGCUAUGGAUAUACAGUCAUGGACGUGGUAAUGUACUGGAAAAACAGGCCAGUGAGAGGUGUCGAAGAAGCAGAGUUGCCACAAUUCACAAUUAUAGGCUACGAAACGAACGACAGAAAAGAAAAACUGGCGACAGGUAUUUACCAGAGGCUGUCCUUGUCCUUCAAACUGCAAAGGAACAUAGGCUAUUUCAUUUUCCAAACUUAUCUUCCAAGCAUUUUGAUUGUGAUGCUGUCGUGGGUGUCUUUUUGGAUCAAUCACGAAGCUACCAGUGCCAGAGUGGCUUUAGGCAUUACCACUGUAUUGACAAUGACUACAAUCAGUACCGGAGUAAGGAGCUCAUUGCCACGUAUCAGCUACGUCAAAGCCAUUGACAUUUAUCUGGUAAUGUGUUUCGUGUUUGUUUUUGCUGCCCUGUUGGAAUAUGCGGCCGUGAAUUAUACUUAUUGGGGCGCGAGGGCCAAAAAAAAGAGCAAAAAAGCCAAGGAGCAGGAGGAAAAUAAAUCUGGUUCUAAAACUGCAACAACAAUCUCCUCUUGCAACCAAGCCCAAAAACACUCAUUUAAAAAUGAAGACAUAAUUGAGCUGCAGGAUAUCAGGAUGAGCCCGUUGCCAUCAAUAAGAAACCGAAAAUUAUCCAUGAAACUCAGCAGCUCGCAGGAGGAUGGAGGUAGCAGUUUUCCACCGAGUUUUCGGUAUAGCAGGUCUUCGGGCUAUAUGUACACUUGCAGGCAGAAUCCUGGUUUGAGGUUUAGAGGUAAUCCAGUACAUAAACCGAAAGUCCUGCACGCCAUUCGUAAGGGUGCUUUGGUCCUGAAAGCUUCCAUGCCGAAAAUCAAAGAUGUCAAUGUGAUCGAUAAAUAUUCGAGAAUUGUUUUUCCUGUUACUUUUUUAAUUUUCAAUACGAUUUAUUGGCUGUUUUAUAUCUUGGAGUGA